GCGCUGCCGAGCCCCGGCGCGGCCGUUCUCCGUGUUCGCCCGUCAUCAGCCUGCCCGGAGCCCGUCCGGGGUUGGACUUGGUCUCCGCAGCCCCGACGUCUGUUCGGAGGGUUGUGUGUGUGUGCGUGUUUUUUUUCCCUCCUCCUUUUGCGCUGCCUGUCAGCAGAUUCAAGCCGAAUGCGCGCCGCGAAAACAAAUUCCGGGAAAUCCUGUGGAUCAAAUUAACGAGCCUUGGAGCGCGUUUGGUAAGCCAGCCCGGCUCCGGCCGAUGUUUGCAUCGCCGCGUCCCUCGUCUUGUUUCGCCGUUUAGCCGGCUAGCUCCGCUCGGCUGGGUCCGACCUGCAGACGAAAUAACGCCGACUGGGAGGCUGCAGGCUAGCUCGUUUGCUAACCCCAAACCUGGCCAGCAUGAAUGGAGAAAGGGAGUGAAGUGAUUAUCAUGGGCAGUUAAAAUAAGACGACUAACUCAUCUGUUGUGUGGAGGACAGAAGGCUAGUCAUACCCUCUGAGCCCCCCCCUCCCCUCCCCCUGUCCUUUCCUUCCACUCUCCUCAGCCAACAUUACACCAGUGUCAGCACCAUGGCUGAGGAAGACUACGGCAGCUUUGUGGACUGGAACCAGAUGGGUGAGCUUGCCAGGAGCAGUGGGCCCACCAAGGUGGACUGUAAGGAACUGAAAGAGUUUAAACAGUUGGCCAGGCAAGGCCACUGGGCCAAUAACCACAAACUGCGUGCGCAAGUUUACCAGCAGCUGUUCAAAGCCAUCCCAUGUCGCACGGUUACCCCGGACGCUGAGGUCUACCGGGACCUCAUGGGUAAUGCAGUCACCAAGAAGCCCUCCUCUGCCAUUCCGCUGCCAGAGUUUGUGGACGGCAGUACUGUGCCGCACUACUGCCUGAAGUCUGAGGCUGUGGCUUCGGCUCACCGGGUCAUAUCCUGCCUGGCAGGGCAAUUCCCAGACAUCUCUCACUGCCCAGCACUGCCUGCGGUCACCGCCCUGCUCCUGCACUUUAGUGCCGAUGAAGCUCAGUGUUUUGAGCACGUAAGUCGCAUGCUGGCCUGCAACGAGCCUGGCAAGCGGCUGCUAGACCAGACCUUCCUGGCUUAUGAGUCCAGCUGCAUGACCUUCGGUGACCUGGCCAACAAGUACUGUCCCUCGGCCCACAAGCUGAUUGUGGCCACAGCCAAUGAUGUGCUAGAGGUCUACUCCGACUGGCAGCGUUGGGUGCUGGGUGACCUCCCCUUCAGCCACGUGGCCCGCGUCUUGGAUGUCUACCUGGUGGAGGGCUACAAGGUUCUGUACCGUGUGGCGCUGGCCCUCCUCAAGUUCUACCGCAAACACAAAGCCCAGGGCAGGCCGGCUGGCCAGCAGCAGCCCCAGGACUCAGCAAGGGUGAAGGGGGACAUCCAGGCCUUCGUCAAGGGCAUUGGCUCCACUGUCACCCCUGACAAACUGCUGGACAAAGCCUUUUCCAUCCGCCUGUUCAGCCGCAAAGAAAUCACUCUGCUCCAGCUCACCAAUGAGAAGUCCCUGCAACAGAAAGGCAUCACUGUCAAACAGAAGAGGCGGAAUGUGCAGCUGGCACUGAACCCCGACACUUUCUCGUCAGAGAUCGUGAGCGCCAAGGAGAUGCGGGACAUCUGGUCGUGGAUCCCGGAGCGCUUCGCCCUGUGCCAACCCCAGCUCCUGUUUACCACCACCAACCACGGCUGCAGCCUCAACAGGUUUUACUCCCACUGUGAAGGUUAUGAGCCCACUUUGCUCCUCAUCCGAACCACUGAUGGAGACGUGUGCGGGGCCUUUCUGUCCACUGACUGGGAGGAGCGCAAGAGGGGAGGCAACAAACUGAGCUUCUUUGGCACAGGGGAAUGCUUCGUCUUCAGGCUGAAGCCAGAAAUGGAGCGCUAUGAGUGGGUGGUGAUCCGACAUCCAGAGCUAGCCUCCGCCAUCAAGGACCCGGGCUCAGAGGAUGUGUCCGCCUCCGAGGCCCCGAACAUGGACACUAACAACCUGCUGCAGCCAGAGAGACCUGCUGGAGACUUAUCGCCCUUCCUGUCCGCCCGCCACUUCAACCUGAACUCCAAGAAUACUUCCAUGUUCAUGGCAGGAAACUUUGACUCCAUUAUCGUGGGGGGAGGUGAGGGCAACGCUCUCUACAUCGACUCGGAGCUGAACCACGGACGCACAGGCCGCUGCACCACCUUCGACAACCCGCCGCUGUGCGCCGAGAGCUUCCAGAUCUCUCUGCUGGAGGUGUGGGGCUUCCAGGACACCAUGGCAACAUAAUCAAACAUGCCCAUAGACAUGCACACUAACAUGUAUUGCAGUUACUGUCACAUACAUGCAUUCACGCUCGCAUGAAGCAUAGAUACAUGCACGCAUGAAAACAAUCAGUAUCCAAACAUCGAGUUAUCCACAGACAUACUUGCACAUAAAACGUCCAUGGAGGUGUUUUGAGGAGCAAUCCGGGGAUAUGCAAACAAAACUGCUUCCGUCCAGCAAAUUUGUUAAAUUUUGUUAAAUAUUGAAUAUUUUUAUUUAUUAAUAUGGUCACUAUAAUUUGAAAAUCUCAUCAUGAAUGUUUUCUUUUUUGUUUUGUUUUUUUUGUAUUAUUUUUUUAAUUGCAUUGUAUUGCUAAUUUUUGUUUACCCCUCAUUUAGAGGGUCCUGUUAUAUGAUAGAAAACUGCAUAUGUCAGAAUAUGCUAUAGUUAAAGCCUAUGGUGAGUAAUCUAGACUUUUUUUUCCCUCUUUUUUUUUCUUUUUUGUUAAACAUAUCUAUUCAGAUGUGAUGUUUUCAUGUUCUGUGCUGAGACCGUUCUGAAACUUUAAGGCUCCUUCGUAUGUGGAGUCUGCUGGUCGCCAACAUUGUAAUCAGCUAGUGCUGUUUUUCACGAGAGAUAAGGAUGCAGUCAUUUCAACAACAGCAAAAACAAACUCAGCCAUGCUGGGGGAGCAAGGCUCACUAGGGUUAACUUUGUAAAACUACCGUGUUGGUGUAGUGAACAGUGUUUCUGUGUUUUCUCAAUGUGGGUGUACCAUGUCUGAGAUGCAGUAAGGCGGGUUGUGCCGGGGCACGUUAGGUUCUUUGGAUCAAGCCUAAUUGUCAGUUUUCCUCUUGAUGACUUAUUGUACAUAUCUUUCAGCUCCGUCAGGUGAUAAGUUAGUGUGGUGCUGUGUAAUCGGUGUGAGUGUGUGCGCGUGUGUGUAUGUGUGUAUAAAAUAGUGUAUUGGUCGGUGCUGAAUUUUACUGUUAUUGUGCGCCAGUUCCCUAAGCAGCUCAGCUCUUUUGUAAAGCCUGCAACCUUAACCCCAGCCCACUCCCCAUGUGUGUAUAUGUAUUUAUACAGUUGGUCGUUUGAAUGAUGGUGUGGCAAAUGAAGAACAAAUAUUAAGGUUUUUUUUGUUUACAAUCACCAGUAAAGAUCAGUGCAGUGUGUUCAUCUCUCUCUCUCUCUCUCUCUCUCUCGCUCUCUCUCUCUCUGUCUGUUCUGUUCAUCUAUCCGUCCCCAAGUCAUGUGACAGUAUCAAAAUUAGUCCAAAACUGCACGGUGGCUGUUGGCGGCUCUCUGCGUCCCUCAGCAGUGAAUAUCUGUGUUGUUGUGAAUGUGUUUUAUGAUGCGGUCCAGUAAGAAUAUAUAAGUGGAGUAAAAUACAGGAUGUGUCUUAUAUGUGGAAAUACAAUAAUAUACCUGCAGUAA